AUGGCGUACUCAGCUUACGAGAACAAUGAGCAGAAUUUCUCUGAGGAGGCAGUAGAGGAAGAAAGUGUGAUUCUCACAUUGGUUCCAGUGAAUGAGGAGCCUAAUGAAGAACAUCAAAUGGAACCAAGUGUUUCUUCAACUUCAGAAAUCAGCCUGAUGAUGCCUGGGUCAAGUGAUAAAGUUUGUCAUCCUCAGAUAAAUGAGCAAUUCAAGUUUUGUCCAAAACACAGUUGUAAUAUGCAAGUCCUUUCCUUACCAACCAGUUUGCCUUCAUUUAAUAAAGUACGUUGGGACACCUUGCGGAACUGGUGCCAACAACUGAAUUUGAGUACCGAUGGCCGGAAAAUAGAGGUUUAUAUGAGGCUCCAGAAACAUGCUUACCCGGAAAUAAACCAGGUGAGUGAGGAGUGUGGUGAGAAUGGAAAGAAUAUUCCUGAAACAUCACCAGAAGCUAAAUUGCAGUCAUGUUCAAGGAAAGGCAAGAUGGUGGCCAAGAAGGCAAGGCUUUGGAAAAGUUGUAAGAAGAGUGAGAGAGAGGAGGGGAUUAAUACAGUCGAGGUGGUAACAUCAGCACAGGAAGGCAUGUUGGCAGCAUGGUCAAGAAUUGCUGCGAGAGCCAGUCAGUCCAAGUCUGUGAAUUCACGUUCCAUUCCUGCUUCUGUUGAGACCUUUCUGCUGCAAGCCUCUGGUGUCCGGUGGUGUGUGGUCCAUGGCAGACCUCUCUUGGCAGACACACAAGGUUGGGUUCGCCUGCAAUUUCAUGCAGGUCAGGCCUGGGUGCCUGACACUCCCAAAAGGAUGAUCUCUCUCUUCCUGUUACCCGCCUGCACUUUCCCACCCCCAGGCCUAGAAGACAACAUGUUAUGCCCUGAAUGUGUGAAGAGAAAUAAGAAGAUGAUGAAAAGAUUAAUUGCACUGGGGAAGGAAAAGCGACCUCGUUUGAAUAGACCAACAUCAUUCCCUUUGGAUGGGCCAUAUCUUAAUAAAGAAUAA